GUUCGAGAGGGAUAUCGAUAAACGUGCCCGUCAUUGCGUAAGAUUAAGCACAAGUGUUCCCGACGAAAUUGGGCAAUGCACGAUCUGCGUGAGCAAUAUUAGGUAACGCAUGCUAGAAACGAUUCUAUUUUUUUCGUGGCCCAGCCAGAAAUUAAUUUAAAAUAAUAUUGAAACAAAAUUGUCCCGUAUUAAGCGAGAUAAGCAUGCAUUGUCGAUGGGAAAAACGAAAGGUUCAAGCUAACGAAGAUGAAACGAACGAGUCCAAUGAUUUCCCUUUGAAUCAGCUUCGUAUCGACCCGGAUCACGGGAUACUGUCCCCAACUUCUGUGCAUUAUUUCAACGUGACCGCCGAAUGCAAAGAUCUGCAGCCAAAUUAUUACUCGUCCGUUCUACAGUAAGAUAAACAACGAUGACGCCAAUGAAAGGGUACCUUUUAAGUCGGUACCAUUUUCAGACUGUACGUGGAAGAUAUACCACUUGCAGCCAUUCCGAAGAAACUAGAAUUGCAUAUCAAGGAAUGCACCACGAGACGACGUAAAUGUUUGAUCGUAAAUAAUCUUGAUUUAUUGAUCGACCAAUAAACCAACUUUCUAUCGGAACGCUAUAACGCUUGUUAUCAGUCCGUAGACAUUUGGGUGGCCGACGUCGAAGUUUGGAUCGAACAUAUGAAGGACGACGAGAAGGAAACAUUCGAAGAACUGUUCGAAAGUUUAACCGAGACUGCAUCGGAUCACGAGUACUCGUCCGACGACGAUCGAACAAAGACAUCGGAUUCUACGGACGAUAGCGAAGAGUACAAGUCCAUGCGUCGAUUGGUAACGGACGAAUUGUUUUCUUAUUACGAUAUAAUGAACCUGAAACGAUUCGAGUCCCUUCUAUGGGAGCAUAUAAUAAGCAUGGGCAUCAUCAGACCCACGAGAAUCCUGCAUAUCGGUGUCCAAGAAACCUACGUUUUGAUCGUGAAGAACAUCUCUGAGAAUUCUUUAAUUUACGCAUGGGGGGAUGCAAAUGGAUCCGAUGCGGAGAAGAUGGAACUCUGUGUGUGUCCAAAGAAAGGGGAAGUACCGGCUAAGGGCACAGAAAAGAUCAAGAUCACGCUCACGCCAAUGAAGGAGGGUGUCGUACAGUUCUUGCACGUGCCGUGUUUCGUUGGAAAUUCCCAUAAAAUAAUAAUGCUGGGAGUCGAGUGCUUCAUCCGGUCGCUCUACGUCACAUUUUAUCUUCCGCUGAACAACCAAGAGCCUGUGGAACUGAAAAAUAAUUUUACUCGCGUUGAAUGGCACACGGACAGUCUGAAAGUUGCUUUCGACAUGGCGGAACGCUCAAAGAAAGGCAUGAGGCUAUUGAACAAAUACAGAAUGCGAGAGGAACGAGAAUUAACGAACACGAAUCUGGAUCAAGGGGACGUUCAUAAAGAAGUUUCCGCGGGUCCCUCGGUGUCUGACGUAAGCGUCGAGAAUCAAGAGCGAUCGUCUUCGAGCACCCGUACUUCAGAAAUCAUUCGAAUGAGCCGCCUGGCAACGGAAAAUAGAAAACAUUCGAAGGUAUACGUUCCUUCGUCCAAACACAUCGUACCUUUCCUCGAAACGAUUCUUCCACCGCCUACGCAGCCCAAUGUAAUCGAAUUUCUAGGCCUGCCAUUAAGAACAGUGGAAAAGAAAACCUUUGUUAUAAAAAACGAGACUCCGAUUCCGUGCAACUUCCGGCUACGCGUGAAGAACUUCUAUCCUGUCGAUUGUUCGUGCGAACGAAAGUCGCGAGAAGAUCGUAUCAAGUUCAUAUACAAGCAAGUCUAUGGUCGAAAUAAGGAUUUAAUCGAAGAGACGCUGUGUCGUCUGAAACAACCUCGAUCGGGUGUGGUAAUUUACGUAGAUCCUUCGAACUCCGACAUUGGACAAUUCGAGGCCGUACCGGUGGACAUUUACGUAUUCGCCGAUACUUGGGGCACUUACAUCGACGAAUUAGACAUUGAUAUUGCAGGAUUACCACGAUACACGUUAGCAAUAUGCGUUCAAGUCGCUGAACUGCCUAUAUCGUUAUCGAUCUGCGAGAGGACUUCAGCGAACACAUGCGUUAUCAAAUUUGGAACGGUAGCAACAGGUAUUCGUCUGCAGCCCAGGAAGAUAUCGGUGAAGAAUACCAGCGUUGUACCUAUAGCUGUGGAUUGGCAUUCGUUCUUGGUCGUGCCAAAAACGGAAACAAUGCCCUUUAACGUCCUAUUCGACCUCUGCGCUCCGUUCACCGACAAAAUGGCGGGACAAUUGAUAGCCAGCGAAUGGAAAAGCAAAAGCGAAACGUGCAUGGAGGAACACGCGACGAACUCUGUAAAAUCGGAAAUAAAAAGCGGAUCUGAUUCGUUUGGAAGUAACGACAGCACCACGGAAGUGUCGAGCGCGUCGCCAAGUGCUUCUCACGAGGCAACGACGUGUAGUUGCACAAUAUCCUCGAAGUUGAGUACAUCUUGGACGUGGAAUGAUCGCGAUUUGAAUAGUCUUGAGUCUUCGAAAAGUCACGAAUAUGUAAAGGAUGAUAUCGAAUUUAAAAUUUCGAUACUUCCUUACUACGGCGCGGUUGGCACAAAAGUUUGCUUAGUCACUCCCAGAGAAAUAUUUAUUUCGCCAAAAGACAAUGCUUCUGUGACCAUUACCGUGCAGCCUCAUCAAUGCGAUUUCCUUAACGCGGGCACGAAUUUUACAGGAGAAUUGUUUUGCAAAAUUUUGGGAUUUCCACGGAUUGCUCCAAGCGAUAAGUACCGAGAUAAUUGCUAUGCUAGACUAGAUGGGACCUAUUUAACUCCCAUAGAAAUCGAUGUUACUGCGAACAUCGUUAAACCACAAUUAAUUUUUGAUAUACCUACAUACGAUAGGACAUUCGCAUGCUGUACUAACGACGUGAUGCAGUCUAGAUGGAAAGCAUUAAUAUUGAAGAAAACAUUUUUCUUUUAUAAUAAUGGUAGUAACUUGGUCAGUGUUUCGUUUGCAACAUACAACCCAUUUCAUAUAGCGUCUGUUUCAAUUUAUGCAGAAGCAAAUAUAUGCAGCCCUAUAAAAGACAUAUGUAUAAAUGGCCAUGGAUGUGCAGAGGUAGUAAUAUCAUGCAUCGUCGAGGAAGAAUUAAUUGAAACCUUACUGCACACAAAUAAAAUUCAAGACUUGCAUGGUGCAGCACUUAUAGUGAAAGAGCCAUUGACCAUUAUACAUUCUGAUAACAGCACUCAGGAGGUAGAGUUAAUUCUACACAUUUGGUUACCAUCGUUAAAACUAUCCGUAUAUACAUUAGAGUUUGGUCCUGUAUAUGUAGGCAACACUAAGAAGUUAAUAUUGGUUGUUGAAAAUUUAUCAAGUAUGGUUAUGUAUGAUGAUUUGUUUAGCAAUCGGAUAAGCUACUUUUUGCAAUAAUGUGCUACUACGAUUAAAUUUUAAACAGUAUGCAGCUACAAAUUCAACAUUAUAAAAAAAUCGAAAAACAAAGAGUUCAUGGUUGAUCAAACAGAAGGAACAUUAACAAGUCAUUGUACCGGAGGAAGUUGCAUUGCAAUUACAGUUUCUUUCCAACCGAAGUACACGUAUUAAGAAUAAAUGUACUAUUAUCGAUUACAUUGAUAAUCAUGCAUAAUCUUUUUAUAUACAGAAAGGCUGGACAGUCUGUUGAAACAUUACAAAUAAUAAUUGACAAUCCACAUACUAUGGAAGAAUGUGAACUUUGUGGAGAAGGAUCCUUAGAUGAAAAGUACUAUAUUCCAGG